GUUCAGUAUCACCGGGCAGCACAGCCCCAUGUGGGCUAAGUCUCUUCCAAUCUGAGCUGCUUUUCAAACCGUGCGUGGAAUUCAGGAUUUAAGCAGCCAAAGGAUCAGCAUACCUUUUUUCUCCCACUUGUAUAUUGUUGUUUUUCCCAGGGGACAGACUGAAUGCAUCAGUCCCUGAUGACACAACUUGCCGUGUGAUUGUGGCCCCUUUCCCUGCCCUUGCUGGGUCGGGAUGGAAGGUAAAGGCACCCAGUGUCCCCGGGAAGCGCAGGAGUGACAUGCAGGCUGCUUUCUCCUGGUGGCAUCCCCAAAAAAACUCAGGCAGGAUGCCAGCUGAGCUGGGAUCACUAUCUCAGAGGAGGUCACAGCAGUGACCGCUGAGCUAUAUCUUGGGCAUGAGGUAAACAGCGUCUUCCUUUCAGGGCUAGGUCAGCCAUGGAGCUGGGCAGGAAAACAAGGGAGGAGCCAGCUGGAGAGGGGUGUUGGUACCAGGCAACUUUUGUCUGGAGCCCGAGGGAUGGAGCAAAGGCGGCUCCAGGGUGUCAGGACCAAAGUCCUCCUCAUGCAUGGUGAGCUCAGGUACACAUGCCGAGGCUCGCAGCACAUCCUGAGGGACCCUUCUGCGAGUAGGGCUAAAGAGCACCAAGGGUUAAACACACAGAGUUUUUAAAAUAUGGAGGAAAAGGGGCCUUUCUUCACUCCACCUUGGCCUCCAGCCUGUUGUCCCGAGCCCAGUCCCUCCCGGCAGCCUCAGGCCCAGUGCUUGGCUCUGAAGGGUGCCAUGGGUUUUAUGGUGAAUUUCGCUCCAAGGUCCUCACCCAGCCCCAGCUCCACGUGAGCUUGGGGAACACGUUCCACCGUGCAGAGGCAAUCCUGCUGGGAGCUCAGCAGCUGUCUGGGAUUGUGGAUCAUGAUCUGUGUGGGCAACGGCAUGCACAAAGAGCUCUGUGCUGCACUGCUUCCAAAUCACUUGCUUGUGAAGCUUUGGAGCAUGGGUUUUCUACAUCUUGUCCUUCCCAGAGUGGUUUUAGGGUAAAAACUGACAUUCCUCCCCAGUCCACUGCAGGGGGUCUGGGCAGGACCCCCCUCCCUAUGCCUGAGUCCCGGGAGGGGGGCAGAGAGCUGGAACAGCCACCUCAGUCGGUACCAGGUGACCCAGUCCCAUCAACUGAAAUGCCACCGAGGGAACACUGUUUUCCUGUCACCCGAUCUGUGCCUGCUGGAAUGUUGUCCUGGGUGCUAUAUAAGGGCGGGGCCAGCGAGACGACUCGCAGGGCACUGUCUGUGCAAGGCAGGAGCUGGAACACUGUGCCGAGGUCCCUACGCCCCUCUUCCACCAUGGUGGGUCUGAAGCCCCCCGAGGUGCCCCCGACGGCUGCCAUGAAGUUCGUCAGCGCGGGGAUGGCCGGCUGCAUCGCUGACCUGUGCACCUUCCCCCUGGACACCGCCAAAGUGCGGCUGCAGAUCCAGGGUGAGGUGAGGAUCCCCCGGACCACCAGCUCCGUGGAGUACCGGGGUGUUUUGGGCACGCUGAGCACCAUGGUGAGGACGGAGGGAGCCCGCAGCCUCUACAGCGGGCUGGCAGCCGGGCUGCAGCGCCAGAUGAGCUUCGCCUCCAUCCGCAUCGGUCUGUACGACUCCGUGAAGCAGCUCUACACCCCCAAGGGUGCUGAGAACACAGGCGUGGCCACGCGACUCCUGGCUGGCUGCACCACGGGGGCUGUGGCCGUGGCCUGCGCCCAGCCCACCGACGUGGUCAAAGUCCGGUUCCAGGCCAGCGGGGCCCUGUCGGACAGUGCCCGGCGGUACAGCGGCACGGUGGAUGCCUAUCUCACCAUCGCCAGGGAGGAGGGGGUCCGAGGCCUCUGGAGAGGGACGCUGCCCAACAUCGCCCGCAAUGCCAUCAUCAAUUGCGGGGAGCUUGUCACCUACGACCUCCUCAAGGACGCACUGCUGCGGGCACAGCUCAUGACAGGUGAGGAUGGCGCAGGGGCACAUAGCCAGGUGCUAUCCCUGUCCCCACAGCAUCCAACCCCCGGCUCUUCUCCACCUUUAGACAACGUCCUGUGCCACUUUGUGGCUGCCUUUGGCGCCGGGUUCUGUGCCACAGUGGUGGCAUCACCAGUGGACGUGGUGAAGACGCGGUACAUGAAUGCCAGCUCUGGGCAGUACCGCAACGCCCUGAGCUGCCUCCUGGCCCUGCUCAUGCAGGAUGGCCCCGCCGGCCUUUACAAGGGCUUCAUCCCGUCCUUCCUGCGGCUGGGCUCCUGGAACGUGGUGAUGUUUGUGUCGUACGAGCAGCUGCAGCGCACCAUGGUGCUGGCACGGCCGGCCCUGGCCUGAGCCCCUCAGCGUGUCUCGCUGGCUCAGCGAGGCUCAGCAUCAAUUAUAUUAAUUGCCGAAGCGCCAGGGAGCAGCGAAGCCACACACUCGGGGAGGGAGCAGAGAGACUGAAGGAGAAAGGAUGCUGUUUGAGGAGAAAUUUGGGAGAGCAGAGAAGAGUUUUAGGGGGUGAAGGAAAAAAAUGUUUGUUGGCUUCUCAGCCAUGAAGAAUAGCACUUCCCAAGGGCAGUGGUGUGGGCAGGCGGGACCAAGCUGAUGGCCAGGGAAUUCCCGUUAUUCCUUACUGGCGCUUCCAAUAAACCACCCCUAUGGGGUCUGAUGA